AUGAAAGACAUGAAGCUAAACCAUUACCGAUUCUCUAUCUCUUGGCCACGGAUUCUACCAAACGGACUGAAAAAUGAACAGAUCAACGAAAAAGGACUGAAAUACUACGACGACCUCAUCAACAUGCUGCUGGAGAGUAAGAUCACGCCGAUAGUCACUCUGUACCACUGGGAUCUGCCUCAGCUGCUGCAAGAGCGAUACGGAGGCUGGCAAAACAGCAGCAUGGUCAACUACUUCAACGACUUUGCAAAUCUGUGUUUUGAGAAGUUUGGGAACAAAGUCAAGUACUGGGUCACUUUCAAUAAUCCGUGGUCCAUCGCAGUGGAGGGUUAUGAGACCGGUGAGCAUGCUCCGGGACUGAGGCUCCGGGGCAUUGGGGCGUACAAGGCUGCACACAACAUCAUCAAGGCUCAUGCUAAAGUGUGGCACACCUACGACUCUCAGUGGAGAAGCAAACAGAAAGGUCUGGUGGGCCUUUCCCUGACCUCGGACUGGGGGGAGCCUGUGGACAGCUCCAAUCAAAGGGAUAUCGAGGCCGCGGACAGAUUCAUGCAAUUCUCUCUGGGUUGGUUUGCUUCACCAGUGUUCUAUGGAGACUACCCCCAAGUCAUGAAGGAGUACAUUGGCCGUAAGAGUGGUCAGCAGGGCCUGGGUGUGUCCCGUCUGCCACAGUUCUCACCACAGGAGAAGAGCUACGUCAAAGGCACCUGUGACUUCCUGGGCCUGGGACACUUCACCACACGCUACGUUACUCAGAAGAACCAGCCAUCCGCUCUGGGGGAUAGCUACUUCACUGACCGAGACCUGGCCGAGCUGGUGGACCCGCUGUGGCCCGACCCUGGCUCCGAGUGGCUCUACUCUGUGCCCUGGGGUUUCAGGCGCAUGCUCAACUUUAUCAAGACGCAGUAUGGAAACCCAAUGAUCUACGUGACGGAGAACGGAGUUUCAGAGAAGAUGAUGUGCACUGAUCUGUGUGACGAAUGGAGGAUCCACUACUACAGGGACUAUGUCAACGAAAUGCUCAAAGCGGUGAAAGAUGGUGUUAAUGUGCGGGGCUACACUGCCUGGUCGCUCCUGGAUAACUUUGAGUGGGACGAGGGGUUUUCAGAGCGGUUUGGUUUGUUCUACGUCGACUUCAGCAGCAGAAGCAAAACGCGGUAUCCUAAAGCCUCCGUCAUGUACUACAAACGCAUAAUCAGCUCCAACGGCUUCCCAAACCAAAGAGAGGUGGAGAUCUGGAAGAGGAAAUCCAGAGAGACGUGUUCCACAAGUAAUCAGCUCCUAGCAGCAGACCCCCUGAUUGGUCACAUGGAGCUGGUGACUGAGAUUGUGGUCCCAACGGUGUGCACGCUCAGCAUCCUCCUCAGCGCAGUCUUCCUCAUGUUCCUGCUGCGGAGACAAGUGGGUCUCUUUCAGGACUCUCCAAGACUCUUCGAUCUCCUUCAGACUCUGCUGCGUCUGUUUGAAGUUGAUGCAAUGGAAGACAACGAUUUGUUUGAUGCAAGCCACGUGGAAGAGGGUUUUGCCGCUCUGCCGCCACCAUCGUCUCCGGGAACUCAGCUUGUGGACCCCUUUGGAGAUGAGGAGGGAGAUGUGUCCAAACUGGCCGAUGUCCCAGAUGCCAAACGGAAAGUGAAAAGACCACAGCCCAAACUAGACUCCAAUAGGCUGAUCUCGGACAGAGGAUUACCAGCUCUGCGCACGCUGUUUAACGACGUUAACUUCAGAGGAAGAGGUCACGAGGCGGAGGACCUGCGUUUGCUGAUGAAGAGGAUGGAGAACUGGGCGCACAGACUUUUCCCUAAACUUCAGUUUGAGGAUUUCAUCGACAAAGUGGAACGACUUGGUGCUAAGAAGGAAGUCCAGACGUGUUUGAAGAGGAUUCGACUGGACAUGCCACUCACACACGAAGAUUACACGAGUAAAGAGGGAGAGGAGGAGGUCCCAGCUCCAGUGACGGUCUUCAGUGAUCCGUUUGAAGACCACCUGAGCUCGUCCACUCCCCGCCUGCUUCACUCCACCCCUGCGGGCCACGGCACACACUCGUCCGUGGGCCUCUCGCCGCCCUCCACCCCCUCCCUGAGCGAGGAGCAGCGGAGGAGGAUGGAGGAGAACCGGGUCAAGGCUCUGGAAAGAAGGCUGGCCCGGCAGAAGCAGCAGCACCAGGCAUUUCAGUCUGUGGAGUGUGGGCUCACACAGCCCAUGUCCUCAGAGCUGAUGGAGGGGUCCACAAAAGUCCAGAGUCCAGCCCUCGACCAAGAAACCAGCAGCUCACAGAACCAGGGCAGUGAGAUCCACGUGGAGUCGACCCCAGAGGCCAAUACCAGUCCUGGCACGGCGGAGACUCUACCUGUUGAAUUAAAGCAGAAUUCUGCACAAAUAUAA